GAGGAAGAGGCGCGAGGGUGGACAGCGACCCCCUUUCGCUUCCAGAGGGCUGCCUCGCGCGCCGACCAUGCCAUGAGCGCCGCCGCCUCCUGCUCAGAGCCGCCCCAACUCAGCAGAACCGAGGCGCCGCCGCCGCCUCCUCGCCAUGCACGGGCUGUGCUACUCCCUCUGCUUGGUGGCGGCCGCCGCGGUGGGGUUCUCGAGGGCCAACAGGAACUGCCCGGACCUCGUCGUUGACAGCUGCCUCUGCACCGCCGAGCGCUCCAAGGGACCGGGCCGGCAAACCCUGCGCAUCAAAGUUGUCUGCAGCGGAGGCGAGUUGGCGGAAACUUUGCAUCCCUCCCUGCUGCCCAACCGCACCGUCUCCCUAAUUCUGAGUAAUAACAAGAUCUUAUGGUUAAAGAACAACUCUUUCAUUGGACUCAGAUCCCUGGAGAGACU